CACUAGUCGCCGUGGCUUCGACGUGUCAGUUAAUAUUUAAAUAAUAAACAAGCUACGAUUUUGGUAGCUAGAAAGCACGCGGAAUAGAUAUAGCACUAUAACGUUUAACUACGCAAAUUAAAGACAAACAACAACAACAAAAACACCUCAGACUUAGAAUGGCGGAUAAGACUAAUGUGUGCAUUGUGGGCUCGGGCAACUGGGGCUCGGCCAUAGCAAAAAUUGUGGGUGCCAAUGCAGCAGCAUUGCCCGAAUUCGAGGAGCGGGUUACCAUGUUUGUAUACGAGGAACUAAUUGAUGGCAAGAAGCUAACGGAAAUAAUUAAUGAGACCCAUGAGAAUGUCAAAUAUUUGAAAGGACAUAAACUGCCAUCAAAUGUGGUUGCCGUUCCUGAUCUAGUUGAAGCUGCCAAGAAUGCUGAUAUUUUAAUUUUCGUUGUACCCCAUCAAUUUAUACCCAAUUUCUGCAAACAAUUGCUGGGUAAGAUUAAGCCCAAUGCCAUUGCCAUAUCCCUGAUCAAGGGUUUCGACAAGGCCGAAGGCGGUGGCAUUGAUCUUAUUUCGCACAUUAUCACCCGUCACUUGAAGAUACCAUGCGCCGUACUGAUGGGCGCCAAUCUGGCCAAUGAGGUGGCCGAGGGAAAUUUCUGUGAAACUACCAUCGGUUGUACUGAUAAGAAAUAUGGCAAAGUGCUGCGUGAUCUCUUCCAGGCCAAUCACUUCCGUGUUGUGGUCGUCGAGGAUGCCGAUGCCGUUGAGGUUUGCGGUGCCCUUAAGAAUAUUGUUGCCUGCGGUGCUGGUUUCGUUGAUGGUCUCAAGUUGGGCGAUAACACCAAGGCGGCUGUCAUUCGUCUGGGUCUGAUGGAAAUGAUACGCUUUGUCGAUGUCUUCUAUCCAGGCAGCAAAUUGUCCACCUUCUUCGAGAGCUGCGGUGUCGCGGAUCUUAUCACGACGUGUUAUGGUGGUCGCAAUCGUCGCGUUUCGGAGGCUUUCGUUACUUCUGGCAAAACAAUUGAAGAAUUGGAAAAAGAAAUGCUUAAUGGCCAGAAACUGCAGGGACCACCCACAGCCGAAGAGGUUAACUACAUGCUGAAGAACAAGAAAUUGGAGGAUAAAUUCCCCUUGUUCACGGCUAUACACAAAAUAUGCACAAAUCAGCUUAAACCUAAUGAUUUAAUCGAUUGCAUACGCAAUCAUCCAGAGCAUAUGCAAAAUUUGUAAAUUGUAUAAAAAACAAAACAAAAACGAAAAAUGAACAAGUUUUUAACAAUUUUUAUGCACCACACAGAGUAAAUAUUUUUCAGCACAAUCUGUACAUUUGGAACGUCAAGUCAGUCUACUCUUCAGGAUUGUUUAUAGGUUGUUAAUGUGUAAAGUUAAUUAAACAAAUUUUAUUUUAUUUUUUAAUAAAAGUCCCAAGCAUAUCCUACUGAAGCCCACAGAGAGAAUAUAUAAGUCAAUCAAAGUCUGCUUUAUUAAUUUUUUUUUUAUUAUUAUUAUUAUUAAAUAAUUAGUUCAAAAAGAGAAAUAUGCGCAUGUACCUUAUUACCAAAUAUUGUUAAUUAUUUUGUGGCCAUGAGUAUUAAAGAAAGCAAACAAUAACAAUCGAAUGGCUUAAUUUUAAAAUAUCAAACAAAAUUAGGCAUAUGUAAUUUAUGGAAUUUAUGUGCGUUAGAACAAAACUUAGAGCAAUUUUAAUUGAAUGGCGUAGACGUAAAGAAAUAAAUGUAAAUGAAUCCAAAAGUGUUAAAUAAAGAAAACAAAAUAAAAGUAAAUUUGGAAACUUA